AUGCCAGAAGACAUCAACCAAGGAAUGUCUGACUUGGCCUUCGACCCCGACCAGAAUCCCGAGGAGAAGCGCGCAGUACGACGGCAGUACAGAAGUUUGGCACGGGAUCUGGAAGACAAGCGAGACGAUAACCAAUGCACCCCAGACCACCUGAUAUCCAAAGUCCAGGAUUCAGACGGACUCUUUAUGAAUGUCAAGGGACCUCAAGAGGCGACCCUCGACUCCGCAUUUCUUUUGAUGGCAUCCAAUAUUGGAGCGCAGAAAGCCCGUGCUAUGAAGUCGGGGACAGGCACUUUCGAUGUGGAUGAAUUCAUCACGAAACUACUUUCGUUUAUGGGUGGCGCUCAACAAAUGGAAGACCAACUACCCGAAGAUUCGGACGAUGAGCAGGUAGAUAGCGCUGAUGCCCCUCUCAACUGGGAGAAGAUUGGGCGCAAGGCCCUUGCCCAAAGUCGAAGGGUUCCUGUGAUGGAUUUCAUGCUCGGACCAUUGACGAUUGAACAGAAGAAACGGAAUGUUAUUAAACGCGCUAAACUAGAGAAGAACAAAGAAGAUCUGAAGCGACCCCAAGAGCUCAAGGAAGAGGACAUUUCCCGGUCACCAAACGAGACGACUAAAAACGUUGCAAUUCUACAAAAGCUCCUCAAUGACAACCCGGACCCAAUCAAUCUAUUUAAAUUUAUUAUCAAUCCGAAUGACUUUGCUCAAUCAGUGGAAAACAUCUUCUAUUUAUCGUUUUUGAUACGAGACGGCCAUGUUGCAUUCGAAAUCCAGGAUGGUGAACCCAUAAUAUAUCCGUGCGAACCGCCCACGGAUGAAGAUAGGAUGGGCGGUGGUUUAAGAAAGCGGCAACUUGUCACGCAAUUUGAUAUGGCAACCUGGAGGCGAGCCAUCGAAGUAUUCAAUAUUACCGAGACGAAGAUACCCCAACGUCCGCCAGCGCAGACGAGGUUGGGCGACAAAUGGUACGGUUGA